AUGGCGGCGCAGGAUGAAGUUGACGUAUGUGAAAGUUGGGAAGAUAUGGACGAAAUUGGCUUAGACCAAAAGAUAAAGCUCAUGUCCAGUGUGCCACCCGUUACUGCAUUGAAAGGUUGCAAGGUUACAAACGUAAUUGUCGAAGAAAACGCCUGCAUUGGAUCUCAGUGCGUGAUGCCAGAACCAGCUAUUCGUAUACUGAAACGGCCUUCGGCGCUGUCGAGCGGGCAGUUGAAUGGGGAGAACAGAGCGCGCCCUGUCAAAACAUUGGAACAAAGACAGAAGGAGUAUGAAGAGAAGCGUCUACGUAUACUCGGCGAGGCGCGAAGCCCCGAGGACGUUAUCGACGAUAACUUAAGCCGGUUGCAAGAUAAGUUGCAAGCAAAUAAUUUAAAUGAUAAUCAUGGUGGUAGACAUAAGAACAAUGACAAUCACAACAAAAAAGAAAAGAAAGUCCUAGUGAGGCUUCCACCAGAGGCUACAACGGGGAUAUUUCCGUCACCCCUCCCCCCUGGAGUGCUAGUGGUCAGGACUCCCCGGUGUCCAGACGGCACUAAGGGGUUUGUGCGUAGGUAGCAUUACCAAUACCGAGGGACUUGGUCGUUGCCGUUUGUCAAUCAUUAUUGUUACGAUGUAGUUUUAUAUUUCUUACCUAGCUGGAUGUGUUACUCUGUAUACAAUCGUCAUAUUCUGUGACAAAGUGUUUUGUUCCUGUAAAAUGUGUAUUUUGUUUAAUGUGUGAAGUUUUUGUGGAAAUAAUUCUAUGCAAUUCAAUGUUGAUAAAAUAUAUUUAUUAAUUUAAGUUUCAAUUAUUGUAAUGAAAUGCAGCAUUCUUGUUUUAAUUUUUUUUAUAUUUAAAUCACACGCAAAAACUUCCACAUGAUAAAAAUACAGUUAAGGUUUUUCUUGUAGAAUAGAAUAUACAUUUUAAUAUUUAUAACUCAUGUCUGGGAACAAUUGUAGAAGUCAUAGGCUAGACAAUACUUUGGGUAAGACUGGCUACAAACUUGAUAAGUAAUGGCUCCUCUAUACCAGUACCGAUAAUAUUAUGACCACAAUAAAAUUAUUUUGUAUUACACACUGUAGUCAGGCUACAGAUUGCAUUAAUCUAAUUAAGGGAUAGGUCAAUACGACCUAUCUCUUACUAUUUUACUUAUGGACAAAAAAAUUGCUAUCUCAUUGUAUCACGCGAUAAAAAGGUGAUAGUAUUAUUUUCGUACGUCAGUGAAAAAGACAACCACCAGGAUAUAGUACAAACUAUUACAGAUUGUAUUACAAGAUAAAAAACCAAAAUGGUAGAUUUUCUUUACAAACCUGUCAUUUUGAAUUCUUAAGAUCCAUUUCUAUGGUUAUAUUGAAGGCAGCCUUUAGGUAGCAUAAUAUGCAGGAUAUUUCUAUGUGCCUAAUUCCCAAAUU